UAUCAGAGAUUUUCUAAGUCUGCUCAGUGUUCAAUCGAAACAGACUCCCGUUAAGAGAUUGGGUACCUGCAUUAGCCCUUCCAACCCGUCAGGACUCAGCAGGGUGUCCCUGGAACUACCCCUUCGGUCUUCGAAUCCACAUAGGUUACCAGUUAGUUCGCCUGCUUUAAAGGGUUUCCAGCCCUUUCAUUCACUCUUUCUGGAUCAAGAUUUAUCCUCCGUUAAUACGUCAACAUCCUACAUUGCAUCACAACGGAAAAAGACCCACAUCCGGGGAUGCACUACCGAAGCUUCCGCCAAGUUGCCUUCGCUGCCUUGGUAUUCAUCUCUGGACAAGUAGCCCUCGCCGACCUCGGGAUCGAGGUGAACAAUGUCGACUCGUUGAAGCAAGCUGGCAAGGCAGUCGCCGCCCCCAUGAUGGAAUUCUACAAACAGAAUCAAACCGAGGGCAUUCCCGGCAAGCUGACAGGCACGUGGUAUGUAGCCGGGAGCAUGUUCAUGACAUUGAUUCAGUUCUGGCAAGCGUCAGGCGACGACACCUACAACUCCGUUGUGUCGCAUGACCUAAUGUUCCAGGCUGGUGAGAACUAUGACUAUCAAUCCAAGAAUGUCAGCCAAUGGCUGGGCAAUGAUGACCAAAUGUUCUGGGCUCUAGCAGCCAUUACAGCCUCGGAGUCAGGAUUUCCAGAAAUCUCGGGGAAGCCGUCGUGGACAUCACUUGCUCGUGUAGUGUUCAACUUGCAAGUGGAGAGAUGGGACAACGAGUUCUGUCAUGGCGGUAUGCGAUGGCAGCUAUGGCCUUACCAAGGAGGAGGCUACAGGAUGAAAAAUGCCAUAUCUAAUGGUGGGCUUUUCGAGCUAGCUGCCAGACUCGCUCGAUUCACCAAGAAUGAGACCUAUGCUGAAUGGGCAGAUAAGAUCUGGGACUGGUCUGCUAGCACGCCUCUUCUGCAGACGGAUCGUUGGUACAUCGCCGAUUCAACCUCCAAUGAGAAUAAUUGCACCGAUGCGGGAAACCAACAGUGGUCGUACAAUUAUGGUACCUACCUCGCUGGCGCAGCGUUCAUGUAUAAUCAUACAAACGGUGCGGAAAAAUGGCUCAAGCGCGUUGACGGGCUUUUAAACUCGGUGUUAACGACUUUCUUCCCAAAGGAAGGCAAUGGGCUUGUGCUCUCUGAAGUCGCCUGUGAACCAAUCUUGACAUGCGACCGGAACCAGCUUGGCUUCAAGGGUUACGUUGCCAUGUGGCUAGCGUUCACGGCCAUCAUGGUUCCCUCGACCAGGGACCUGAUCACACCAAAGCUGCAAGGAUCCGCUGCGGCCAUCUCGAAGCAGUGCUCAGGGGGAACUCAAAAUCUCUGCGGCGAAAGAUGGUAUUCUCCUGAGCCGGUGGGCCCAACCGGGUUGGAAGUACAAAUGGCUGCUUUGGGUGGAAUCACGGGCAAUUUGAUGCUCUUCGAAGUAAAAUCGCCCAAGACGAUCGAGAACAAUCCAGAUGCCACGGAGCAUGAAAUUGAGCACCAUAAUGAGCAACCAAAUAAACCUAAGCCUAUCACUAUUAGAGAUCGAGCAGGGGCGGGGAUCGCCACAGCUGUGCUAGUAAUUUUCAUUGCGGGCACCGUAACAUGGAUGGUAACUUCAUAGUGUACCAGAACCGCUUCUAGAAGGGCGUUUCAUAGUUCGGGACAUAUAUUCUAUUGCAUUGUGAUACUUCUCUCCUCUACGUAAUAUAGAGUUAGGUCCUUAAGCCCUAAGUCAUGCUUCUAUUAACUAGGAAUACGUCAGCACAAUAAGUACCAAAGAUAAUGAAGAGAGCAGCACCCCUGUUAAAUACAUGUACAGAUACAUGAGGAUUAACCCCUUUUCAGAUGGUUACAAUGGGCUUAAUCCACAGAAUCACCCGCAAAAUAAGCCUUGCCUUGGGUCAAUAAGAAUUAAGAGCUGGCUCUUCAACACGACUAAACCGGCCAAUUCCAGCAUUCCUAGAGACACAAAGUUGUCCUAUGGCCGUUAUUCAACCUAGGAGACGAUUGUCCCAGCAGACGGUAGGUACACGGUAGGUAGCAGGAGAUCUC